CGCACAAUGAGGAACUUCACCUUUGUAACAGCUUUACUUCUCUGCAGCCUAAGCUGGAUCUCUGUCUCAGCUUCUGAGUUUCACACUGUGGAGGUCCAGUUUGGUGGAGACUUCACUCUGAUGUGCUCCAACAUUUCCAGUGUUACAACAGAAUGGUUCAGAGUGAUCAACAGAAACAAGCCCAGCUGCAUUUCCUCUAUGUACGGGUCUGAUGGCAAACCUUCGUUCUGUGGUGGAUUUGAAAAUAGAUUUGAGAUGAGCUCCAACAUCUCUAUGGUCUUUCUUAAAAUCAAUAGAGUGGAUUUAUCUGACUCUGGACUGUAUUUAUGUGGAAUUAACAGAGACAGACAUACAGUCAUCACCGGUGCAACACAUUUAAAAGUUCAAGGUGAUGGUGAAUCAGAUUUUGGAGUGGAUUUAAAUACUGAAAGUAAGGAGUCUGAUGGAAUGACAAACGUCAUGAGUGCGUUCCUGGGUUUUCUGACUGUUCUGACUGUUUUCCUCACUAUAGUCGUCAUUCUUCUGGCUGUUAAAAUCAGGAAACUUCAGACAGCUGUGAAUGAAGAACUGCAGCCAGAAAGAAACAAGGUGAAACCAGCAUUAACUUAUAUAAACUGUGAUCUGGGCUCAGAUGACCUGAACUAUGCAGCUCUAAAUUUCCAGGCUAAACCCAAAAGAAGCCGCAGGCCUGCAUCAGAGAGAGAGCUGGAGCCACAUGUUGUGUAUGCUGCCACCAGAUAGACUCAGGAAACAUCUGGAACUGCAGCUCA